CUUCAACAAUUUUCAACACCCAUUUUCAUCGACCACCAUUUACAAUGGUCUAAGGGUUCAUUUAAUUAGGGUACCCUGUGGGUUUUUCAUCAGUUAGUUCAAAGGUGUCACUUGAAGAAGAUUGUGUUUUUGAGCUCCAAAUAGCAGGAUAAAGAAGUAGAAGGCAGCCAGUCCCCUAUGACUUCAACUUCGUGUGCUGCAGCACCCUUCCUCAUUUCUUCUUCCUCUUCCACUCAAUUUUCAUUGUUUCCUUCGUCUCGUUCCUUGUGCUCCUCAACCCCUAACAACAAAUGCAAACAACGUUUCUCGUUGUUUCCUUCUGUAAACGGAAGAAGAAAGCUCGCAACUUUACCAUUUUCAUCCACAAAACGGUUCGUUAUUAGAGCCGCUGAGUACAAAUUCCCCGACCCAAUUCCUGAAUUUGCAGAUGCCGAGACGGAGAAGUUCAAAAGUCACCUUCUCAAUAAGCUUUCGAAGAGAGAUAUCUAUGGAGAUUCGGUUGGCGAAGUUGUAGGAGUUUGCACUGAGAUUUUUGGCAGUUUCUUACAUUCUGAGUAUGGAGGUCCUGGUACACUCUUGGUUAAUCCUUUCGCCGACAUGGCUGAUGCCGUAAGUGAACGGGGCUUGCCUGGAGGGCCACAAGCUGCACGUGUUGCUGUCAAGUGGGCACAAAAUCAUGUUGACAAGGACUGGAACGAAUGGACAGGUGGUGGUGAUAGCAAUUAAUGGAGCAAUUAACCACUUAGUUCUCUUAUGUAAGAGCCAAAUUAACAGUUUUGAUAUUUUUCUUAUGUCUUCAUAGUAAGAUGGACAAGAAAAUUCCGCAUGUUUAGAACAAUUGUUAGCCAAAGUAGGUCUGGAAUUGUAGUUAUUUGCUUACUCCAAGCACAUGCAGCUUGAAGCACUUCCCAUCCAGUUUUAGCGUUUUAAUAUUGCAUUAUUAUUUGCUGGUUUUACACUGAACAAGUUGAACUACUUGUUUACGAAAAUCAAGCUUUUGGGAAGCAUCGUUUGGAA